AAAUCCACCAAAAUUUCGGACCCACGAGAUUUCUCCAAGUUAACCUUCUCCUCUUUUCGUCAGAGUUUCUCCUCCACCACAAAUUUUCUCAAGAGGAGAUUUUCGUCUGGUGAUCUUCAGGGUGAAGGUGAUGAACAAGAAGAUACCUCAGGAUUACCUGGAAGACCGAACGUAAUUCCAUCAACAACAAGUCAACAAUCAUUACAAUCUAAACAAUAUCAACAGCCCCAACCUCAGCAGCAGCAGCAGCAGCAGCAAAUUCAACAACAACCUUCAACUCAACAAUCAUCAUCAUCAUCUGGAGGAUCAAAUAAUAGUGGAAGAGUGGUUGGACCUCGGCCAGGAGUUACUAAUCAACCUCAGCAAUCUAGUGAUUUAUCAUUAAAUUUCGGGAUGAAGAGCUCUACUACCUCAGCUCCAACCUCACCAGCCAAAAAUGUUUCCUCAUUUCUGUCAAGGGCUACUUCAUUAACAAGCUCGGUUACCUCUAAUGUUGCUGGAGUUGCUGGUCAAAUAAGCUCACGGAUAAAGGAUCCAAGUAAACAGAAGAUUCUUUUAGUGAUUGAUGACCAUCAAACCGAUUGGUCAAAAUAUUUCCGAGGUAAACGACUUUCUGGUGAGUUUGACAUUCGAGUUGAACAGGCUGAUUUUCGUGAGCUCAGUGUUACAACCAAUUCUGAGCAUGGUGCUCUGUGUAGUAUAAUAACUCCUGAAAGGGGUGGAAAUCGUUCAGCAAAAACUUUUCGUCCGGAUUUUCUUUUAGUUCGCCAACACGUCAAAGAUGUAGCAACCGAUUUCAACGAAAUACUUCUUGGACUCAAAUACGGCGGAGUACCAAGUGUUAAUUCACUCCACAGUAUUUACAAUUUCAUUGAUAGACCGUGGGUGUUUUCACAACUCAUUGGAAUUCAAAGAAGAUUAGGUCGAGAAAAUUUCCCUCUCAUAGAGCAAACAUAUUAUCCCAGUUACCGAGAAUUGCUAUCCAAUCCACCACGAUUUCCAUGUGUAAUUAAGAUUGGCCAUGCACACUGUGGUCAGGGCAAAAUGAAAAUCGAGAAUCCAUCAGAGUUUCAAGAUAUAGUUUCAAUAGUGGCUUGUGCUAAAACUUUUGUCACCAGCGAACCUUUCAUAGAUUCUAAAUGUGAUAUACACAUUCAAAAGAUUGGUGGAAAUUACAAAGCAUUCAUGCGAAAAUCCAUAUCAGGCAAUUGGAAAGCUAAUGUUGGAUCAUCAAUGUUGGAACAGUGUCCGGUGACUGAACGUUACAAGAAGUGGAUUGAUGAGGUAUCAGAAAUUUUCAAUGGACUGGACAUUGUUACUGUUGAAGCUGUUUUAGCCAAAGAUGGCCAGGAGUAUAUCUACGAAGUAACUGGUUCCCAAAUGAUUUUGAUGGGUGAAACACAGGAAGAGGAUCGACGAAUCAUAUCAGAACUAGUUACCAGUAAAAUGCAACAUUUCUGCGGGCGACCUGUAAUGACGAAACAAUUGUCCAGAUCAAGCAUAACAACAUCAUCAACAACUGGCUACUCCUCGGAAGAACCAAAUACUGGUGAUCUAUCUCGCUCUCAAUACUCUGGAGCCAACCCUGCAUACGGACAGCGACCACCUAGAGACUCAACCCAAAAUAGCGGAACCGGUGCACCAAGAAGAGGAUCUCAAACUUCAAUAGGCUCGGCUAGUGAUCUUACCGGAAAUCAAGCCAAUAGUGGAUCAACUGGAGCCGGAUCAGCUGCUGGAGUAACAAACCCAACAAGCGAUUCUGGACCUACAUCAAGCCUUGGACAAACAACGCAGCAAAUUAAAGGCCUUUUCCGUCGAGCAUCAAUCUCAACUGAUGAUAGCAAUCAAACUAGUGGAGUUAAAUCAGAGGAUCCAGAUGAUACAAUGAAAAAUUUGCGCAAAACAUUUGCCGGAAUAUUUGGUGACAUGUGAAAGCAUAAUCAUGAAGAAUGUCCUGAAACGUAUCUUAACACAGACAUUUAUUCAGUUUUUUCUUGGCAUCUCAGUUUUUCCUUUCUUCUUACCUUAAAAAUAUUGGUUUUAUCUUCUAAACUUGAGAAUCAUCUAGAGAUUCAUUCUUUUUCUUCAUUCGUUCAUCUCUCUUCCUUUCUUUUCUGAAGGAUUGAACAAAGCAACAGCUGUGUAGCUUGAGUGCAAUAAGCUAGAUAGCGUUAAACUUGAAGUAACCACUUGGGCCGAUUGUGCUUCACUGGUCUUCUUGAAGACGACGUAGCUGUUUGAGUUAGAGUGAUUUUGAAAGAAACAAAUUUGUUAUCAAUUACCGUUAUCGUUGUUCCAAGCGGAAAUUGGAUUGUCACACCAAAGAUUUUACCUGUUCUCACCAAGAACUAAGCCUUGACCUGUUUUGAUAAUUUCAGUGUUAACUUUAUUCUCUUCAACUUCUAUUUUCGUUUGGUUGGUUCAACAAUUUCAAACAAAUUACGGAAUGAAUGAGUAGCUCAUUGCAACAACUUAACUCUUGGCGUAAACAAACUUACACUUCAUGGUUGUGUGUUGAUGUUUACUAAUCAAAGAUAUGAAAAAAUCAAAGGAUUAAUGACAAUAAGCAAAACCAUUUUUCUCAAUCUAAAAUCAUAUUUUCAGUAACUUUGUGUCCUUUAAAGUCCAUUAAUUUAUUAUUAUUUAUCACAUUCCAAUAGUUACUUCAGUACUUUUUGUAACUCCAUUCAUCCCAAUCACUUUUUGUUUUUUAAUUGUUCAAUUUUUAACCUUCAAAGUUCCAGAAUUUUAGGUUGAAAAAUAUUUCCAUUUGUUUCUCAUUUAAUUCAAUCACUUUUCAUGGUCUCUUUCUUUCCACUAUUAAGUUGACAAUCUAAAAUGAGAAUUGAUUGUUUUCACUAGAUGCAAAAUGAUUGCAAAUCAAUCAUUGUCAAUAAUUUGAUUUCUAACGAAAAACAAAACAAUUUAACAGUAAAACAAUGCAAUUAAUGUGAAGUUAAACCUUUGCAAAAGGCAAAUCAUGCUAAUAACAAUAUUAGACUACAUACAUUUUAGACUAUUAAUUUAAUUUCAGAUCAAUCACCUUUGGAAACUUUAAUUAACUGGUGAUUGUGUGUGUUCAAAUUUGAAAUGUUGAUUAACUGCAAUCAGCCAAAUUUUCCCUUUUUUGUCAAAUCAUUUUGUUUUGAUAUGUAAACUCAUCAACUUAAAGUGUUUCACCUCCAUCAAAUAGCUUUACCUUGUUUUGAUUACUCCAUUAGCUAUUAACUAAUAAAUAACAAUUAAAAUUGGUUGCUGGUUGAAAAAGAAGAAGAAACCAUUUAGAGUAAUAUUAAGUAAAGUCACAGUGUAUAUGAAACUAAGAAACUGUGUAAAAUGCUGUUCUCUGGUUAAAACAAAUGCUUAUCUAUGUUCAUGUUUGGUUAUUAUAAUAAAAAUAGUAAUAAAUAUGUUGAAGUGAUUAAAUAUGAAAUUAAUAAUCUAUGAAUACAAAUAAUUGUAUCAAUAAAUGACAACUACAAAAACAUGAUUGAUGUGGUUAACAAAGAGACAAAAAUAUCAAUGAGCAAUAAAAUUAGAUUACUUUCUACUUAA